CUGCUGCUGUCGGGGAUUCAGAGGCGUCGUGACCUGCGCUAGGUGGCGUCUCCUCUCGCAGAUGCCUCGCUGAGCCUCGGAGUCGGGCUGUAGCUGAGGGGCCUCGGAACGGCCGGUCUGUGCGCCGCGACCCGGACUGGCACUGCUACUGCCAUAUGAAGAAGGACAUGUUUGCUUCCCCUUCCGCCAUGAUUGUAAGUUUCCUGAGGCCUCCCCAGCCCUGCUGAACAAUCUUGGUGUUUCCAGAAGAAAAGAUCAAGGGAGAAUUACCAAGAAUAGAUUCUUUUUCUGGAUAGUUAAACCUUUUAUGUCCAUAACCUUGACCCUUCAGACUGCAGAGAUGCAGGAAGGACAUCUGGCAGUGAAGGUAAAGGAGGAAGAGGAGGAAUACUCCUGUGGGCCAGAAUCAGGCCUGUCAAGAAAUAACCCUCAUACAAGAGAGAUGUUUCGUCGACGCUUCAGGCAGUUCUGCUAUCAGGAGACCCGUGGGCCCCGGGAAGCUCUUCAAAGACUCCAGGAGCUCUGCCAUCAGUGGCUGAGACCAGAGAUGCACACAAAGGAGCAGAUCCUGGAGCUGCUGGUGCUGGAGCAGUUCCUGACCAUCCUGCCUGAGGAGCUCCAGGCCUGGAUGAGAGAACACCGCCCUCUGAGUGGAGAGGAGGCAGUGACUGUGCUGGAGGAUUUGGAGAGAGAGCUGGAUGAACCAGGAGAGCAGGUCCUGACUCAUGCUUAUGACGAGGAAGCAUUUGUAAAGGAGAAGGCAACUCCAGGAUCAGCUCAAGAGUCAUCAAAUGGCCAAUUCCAAGCCUUGGAAGAGCAACGUCAGUAUAAUUUGCGAGAGGUGUGCCUAGUUCAGGAGAUUGAUGGCAAGGCUGGGACUUGGAAUGUGGAGUUAGCCCCAAAGAAGGAGAUUUCUCAGGAAGUGAAAUCUCCUGUACAAGUUCCUGGAAAACUGAAUGGUAAUAUUACUCAGAUGCCUGAGUAUGGAGAUACCUGUGACCAUGAGGGCAGACUGGAAAAGCAAAGGGUGAGCUCUUCAGUGGAGAGACCCUAUAUCUGUAGUGAAUGUGGAAAAAGCUUCACCCAGAAUUCCAUUCUUAUUGAGCACCAGCGAACACACACAGGUGAGAAGCCUUAUGAAUGUGCUGAGUGUGGGCGGGCCUUCAGCCAGCGGUCAGGCCUAUUCCAGCACCAGAGACUCCACACUGGGGAGAAGCGCUACCAGUGCAGUGUUUGUGGCAAAGCCUUCAGCCAGAACGCUGGGCUUUUCCAUCACCUCAGAAUUCACACUGGGGAGAAACCUUACCAGUGUAAUCAGUGCAGUAAGAGUUUUAGUCGACGUUCAGUCCUCAUUAAGCAUCAGAGAAUUCACACUGGAGAGAGGCCUUAUGAAUGUGAAGAAUGUGGCAAGAACUUCAUUUACCAUUGCAACCUAAUCCAGCAUCGGAAAGUCCAUCCUGUGGCUGAAUCAAGCUAGCUCCUCAGAACAGGCCUCCCUAUGCCCUGAGACACAACAAUGUUGGAAUGAAACCAGUUAAUAACCCUACAGUGGCCUCUCAGUGUUCAAGUGAAAGGAAGAGUCUCACAUCUCUGUCUUUAAGUUGAAAGCUAGAAAAUAAUUAAGCUUAGUGAGGAAGACAUGCUGGAAGCUGAGACAGGCUGAAAGCUAGGCCUCUUUCACCAAACAGUGAUUUGUGAAUGCAAAGGAAAAGUUCUUGAAGGAAGUUAAAGCUACACCACUGAACAAACAAGUGAAAAGAAGGUAAAACAGCUUUAUGGCUGAUAUGGAGAAAGUCUGAGUGAUCUGGAAAGAAGAUCAAACCAGGCACAACAUGCCUUUAACCCAAAGCCUAAUCCAGAGCAGGACCCUAACUCUCUUCAGUUCUACAAAGGCUGCGAGAGAUGAGGAAGCUGCAGAAGAAGAGUCAGAAGCUAGCAGAGGCUGGUUCAUGAGGUUUAAGGAAAGAAGCUGUCUACGAAACAUAACAGUACAAACUAAAGCAGCAAAUGUUGAUGUAGACACUGCAGCAAGUUAUUCAGAAAACCGAGCUAAGAUGAUGGAUGAAGGCAGCUAUACUAAACAGAUCUUUAAUGUAGAUGAAUUUAUAUUAGAAGAAGAUACCAACUUGGACUUCCAUAACUAGAGAGAAGUCAGUGCCUGGCUUUAGAGGACAGACUGACUUUCUUGAUAGGAACUAAUGGAGGUGGUGACUUAAAGUUGAAGCCAAUGCUCAUUUACUAACCUGAAAAUCCUAGCGACCUUAAGAAUCAUGCUGGCUGGGCAUGGUGGCUCAUGCCUGAAAUCCUAGCACUUUGGGAAGCCAAGUCAGGAGGAUAACUGAGCCUAGGAGUCUGAGACCAGCCUGGGCAACAUGGAAAAACCCUGUCUCUAAAAAAAAGUACAAAACUUAGCUGGAUGUGGUGGUACACACCUGCAGUUCCAGCUACUAAGGAAGCUAAGGUGGGUGGACUGCUUGAGCCAGGGAGGCAGAGGUUGUAGUGAGCCAAGAUUUCACUACUGCACUCCAGCCUGAGUGACAGAGAAAGACCCUGUGUCAGACACACACACACAAAAAAUCACACUAAAUCUACUUUUCCUGUGCUCUAAAAAUGGAAAAAUAGAGCCUGGAUGAUAGCACAUUUAUUUACAGCAUGGUUUACUGAAUAUGUUAAGCCUACUGUUGAGUCCUACUGUGGAAGGGUGGGGGUGGAGAUUCCUUUAAAAAUAUUACUGCUCAUUGACAAUGCACCAGUCACUGAAGAGCUCCUCAAGAGGUCAAUAUUGUUUUCAUGCCUACUAACACAGCUAACCAUUCCACAGCCCAAAGAUCAAGGAGGAAUUUCAACUUUCAGGUCUCCUUAUUUAAGAAGUACAUUUUAUAAGGGUAUAGCUGCUAAAGAUAGUGAUUCCUCUGAUGUAUCUGGGGAAAGUAAACUGAAAACCUCCUGGAGAGAUUCACAUUCCAGAUACAAUCAAGAACGUUUGUGACUCAUGGGAAGAGAACAAAAUAUCAACAUGAACAGGAGUUGGAAGAAGUUGAUUCCCAUCCUCAUGGAUGCCUUUAAGAGGUUCAAGACUUCAGUGGAGGAAAUAACUGCAGAUAUAGUGGAAACAGCAAGAGAACUACAAUUAGAAGUGUAGCCUGAAGAUGUGACAGAAUUGCUUCAUGCUUAUGAUAAAAUUUGAAUGGAUGAGAAGUUGGUUUCUUAUGGAUAAGCAAAGAAAGUGGUUUCUUGAGAUGAAAUCUACUGAUAAAGAUGCUCUGAAAUUGUUGAAAUAACAGCAAAGAAUUUAGGAUGGCACAUAAACUUAAUUGACAAAGCAGUGGCAGAGUUUGAGAGGUUUUACUCCAAUUUUGAGAGUUCUGUGGGUAAAAUGCUAUUAAACAGCACUGAGUACCACAGAGAAAUAGUUCACAAAUGGAAGAAUCAAUCAAUGCAGCAAACUUCGGUGUUGUCAUACUUUAAGACAUUGCCACAGCCAGCCCAGCCUUCGGCAGUUAUCACCCUGGUCAGCCAUCAGUCAGCAGUCAUCAGCAAGACCCUGCAGCCUCAAAAAGAUUAUGAGUCACUGAAGAGUCCGGCCUUGUUUUGCAAUAAAAAUCUCUUAAUUAAGGUAUGUGCAUUUUUUAGACGUGCUACUCUACACCUAAUAGACUGUCAUAUGGCACAAACAUUUAUAUACACUGGAAAGCCAAAAAAAACUGUGAGACUCACUUUAUUGCAAUAUUAGCUUUUUUGCAGUGUUCUAGAACCAAAUCUGCAGUAUCUCCAAUGUAUGCCUGUAAACGUUAAUUGACCCAUCUUUGACAUGCAAUAUAAGCAGGCUGAGCCAUCGCUUUUUGCACCUAUUUUCUUAAUCAUCUGAAUAUUUCACUACAUUUUAUAGUUCUAAAAGCGAAUAGUGUCUUAUUCUUUAUUCCUGAAGUAACUAAAAUGUCUCUUAGUUAAUUUUAUGUUAUUUUUGCUUAUUUCACAGAAAUUUCUUUUUACUUUCUAAUCAUUGCCUUUAUCACAGCCAUUCACUCUGAGUAAAUUUGUUCCAGUUUGGAGUUGAUCUUCUUUAACAACGAUGCGUUAUGCCUUAGCAUCAGCCUGAAGUAUAUCUACUGCUACAGUGAGCCAGUCUGAGCUGUUUCACCCAGGAAUGUAUUCAGACCAAUUGCAGAAGAACCAGAGAAGUGUCAAAUAGUUAAAGAAUCUAGCCCACACGGGAAGGGAGCUUCUGGUCAGGAGUUCUUCAGACAGAAUACUACGGGUAUUUACUUGAGCCUCAAGUGUCCAGCUUCAGGCUCUUCACCAUCAAUGAUGGAGAGCAGCAAUACACAGUAACACAUCUUGGAACUACUGAUACUGGAGUAGUUCCUGACCAUCCUGCCCGAGAUAUCCAGGUCUGAGUAUAGGAUUAUCUCAGAGUAUAGGGAAGAGGCUGUCUAUGCUGAAGAAUUUGGAGAGAAAGCUGAAUGAUCCAGGAGGAAAGGUAAAACAGAGAAGAAAUGUCUAUGAGAUAGCAGGUAUUAUCUCCAGAGAGAGAUAAGAGAGUUGAGAUCACUUUUAUAGUCUAGUUACAGGAAAAUGGCUAACAUGUUAUUGCCCAGAAUUAUUUAUUUUUGUUCUAUUUUAUUUUUUUAACUUGUUGGCCCUGUGUAUUUGCCCCUCUUUGUCCCUUUAUCCCUGCCCUUGCAGGGAUAACUACUAUCAGCUCUCCCAUUAUGUGUUCCACAGUAAUACUGGGAUUUUAAACUCUAAUUUUCAGCAAAUGUCACCCUCAUUUAGCUAUAUCUAAUUGUCCCCAGUUCCCCACCCUCCUACAGGAGACAGGAAGUACCCCCAAUGGCAAGUAGUGUAUCUGGCAACGGCAUAGGACUCACCUGGCAUCUGGCACCAGCCAGUAAAGGGUCAACUUAGCUCUGAAUCUGGGAGUUGUACACUGUUAAGGAGAACGUUGAGGAGGAGAUAGCAAAGAAGAAGUUAGGAAAUGUUGCUGUCUUUUUGCACUUUUCCAAAUGAACCUCGUCACUAAAUCUCUGCCUACCUUUUCUUUGAUCUCUAAUGCCUAUCCCACUUUUAACUUGUUCCUCGAAGCAUAUCACUCUAACCUUUUCUUUCUUCACUUUUUUGCCUUAAUAUUGUUUUUUUUAAAAAAUCCUGCUGCUUUCUUCUUAUUUUGCAUGGUUCAGUUUCUCCUUUCUAAUACUGCCAACUUCCUUGAUGCAGACCUCUUAUCCCAAGGACAGGAGAAUGUUUUUCUGUAUUGAAGUCAAUAGAAAACUAUUAAAAGGCUACAUGCAAUAAAGUUUUAAAUGUACUUUUUUAAAUGAGUAGAGGAAACAUAAAACUUCAGUAGGUACAUGCUUACUAGGAAAGCACGAUACAUGCUAAAAUGUUAUUACACUAUACAUAUUGCUUACCACUUCUUUCUUAGUUUAAUAUUACAUUAUGGAUAUAUUUCCAAGUUACCUAUAAUACAUAUAUGUAGCUGACAUACAUUUCACUGCAAGAGUAUUGAAUUAUUUUGUAACUGGCCUUAGAGGGUUUUUACGUUGCUUCUUUUUUCUUUUUCUUUUUUUUAAAUACUGCCAACUAAAAGCCAUAAACCCUUUUCUUUUUCUUUUUUUUUCUUCACUUUGCAUUAUGAAACAAGUUUAAGCAUAUCUAACUGUAGAAUUGUACUACUUUGGAUAAAUCCCCAUGAACCUGUCACCCAGCUUCAACACUAUCAGAUUAUGGCCGAUCUUGUUUCACUUAUAACUCUACUCCAUAUCCCAUGCUUUUGUUAUAUAUAUUAUAUAGGAUUACAUAUAUCAUAUUACAUAUAAGGAUAUAUCUGAGACAAGCUUCAAAAAUAAUUUUUAUAUAUAAUUUUGAAGCCUAUCUCAGAUAUCAUAUUCUUUCAAAAGUAAAUAUUUCAAUAUUUGCUGUAAAAGAUAUAAAAUUUAAAAAUGUAAACAAUACUAUUUCAUACCUAAAUAAUUAACAGUAAUUCCUUAACAUCAAUUUUCCAGUUUUCUCAAAGAUGUCAUAAACAUCUUUUGUUCAUCUUGUUUUUUAACUUAUUUGAAUCAAGAUCCAAGGAAGAAAACAUACUGUGAUGGGUUGAUAUGCUCAUAAGUUUCUUUUAAUAUGUGGGUACGCUGUCUUGUUUUCUCUUCCCUUACAACUCACUUGCUAAAGAAAAUCAAGUUGUUUGUCCUAUAUAGUUGCACACAGCAUGCAUUUUGCUGUCUGCAUCACGUGCUGUAGUCUAAGAUGUUCUGUUGUCCUAUUUUUUGUAAACUGUAGUAAUGUACAGGCUUGAUCAAAAUCAAGUUUUAAGGUUUUUUUGGCCAGAUAAAUUGAAUGAUUUU